GCGACGGGAGGGGGCGGAGCCGAGGCGCCGUGACUGUAACGCGAUAGCUGCUCGACUCAAAAGCGCCAUCACUCACACACACACUUUACACACACCUCGCAGACUCGUACGCGCAGGACGCAAGUCGGUGUCAGAGAGGAGAGGAGCGGAGCGGAGCGCAGUACGGACCCGCUACCAGAGCCGGAGAGGUGGAGGCAUGACAUGAACGGCGUUUCACAGAAGCAGGCGCGCACUUUUUAUUUAUACUUCUGUUAUUUUACCUCAUUGAGAAGCAGCUCCUUGCUCUCGGACUGAGAUUUUAUUUUAUUUUUAUUUGCAUUUGAGGCUUCGACAUCGUGGACUUUAAGCCUCAAAAGCCCGUACGGGAGACCCAAAACCUCGUGUGCGCAAAAUACGCGGCGGACGCGGAGAAGGAAGAAAGGAGGAUACGGUGACGGGGAAGCCUCUCCGUGGGAACUUGACGCACCCUGGAGCCGCUGCUCCAGACUCUCUCUCCCGAAGCUCCGCUUUCCCCCCCUGAAGCCUCCCAGCUGCGGAGCGCACGAAGCGCUGGUCAAGGAGUUUGUUUGUUUCGCUGUUUCUUGGAUGAGGUUCGGUGGCAUCUCUCCGAUUUUUUUCUCUUAAAAAGAAAAGGGCUGCGCUUCUAGUAUUUUCUGAAUUUCCUCAAUAACAUGUAGUUGACACGAUGUUUUCUCCUUCGAUGGUUUAAUAACAAACGCCGUGGGAUUUUUUUUUUUUUUUUUUAGUUUUAUUUUGACUGCUGCUAGCGUUUUUUGCUCCUGAACGGGUUGGGAUUUUUUAUUUAUAAAAGAAAAAAAAAGGAACGGCAGCGUUUGUGUCACACGAGGUGGAAACAUUAGACACUUAAAAGCUCUCCACAAGUUUUUGCAUCAUCCAAGAUGGAUUUUGUGUCAUCGCUGAUUGGAUUUUUAAUCGCUGCGUGUCAUCUGGCAUUACGAGUCAAAGGAGAAGGGGAGUGCGGAGGCGUCUUCGACGCCAGCGAGGCCGGCUACAUCACCUCCCCGGGUUAUCCCCUGGAGUACCCCCCUCACCAGAACUGCCACUGGAUCAUAACGGCGCCGGAACCCUCGCAGCGCAUCGUCCUCAACUUCAACCCUCACUUCGAGAUCGAGAGGCUCGACUGCAAAUAUGACUUCAUCGAGAUUCGCGACGGAACCUCGGAAACGGCGGACGUUUUGGGUCGGCACUGCAGCAACAUCGCCCCGGCGCCGAUCAUCUCGUCCGGCCCCUCGCUCCAGAUCAAGUUCGUCUCGGACUACGCCCACCAGGGGGCGGGCUUCUCUCUGCGCUACGAGAUUUUCAAAACGGGGUCGGAAUUCUGCUUCCGCAACUUCACCAGCCCCUCCGGCGUGAUCGAGUCCCCGGGCUUCCCGGACAAGUACCCGCACAACCUGGAGUGCUCCUACAUGAUCAUCGCGCCGCCCCACAUGGACAUCGUCCUCACCUUCCUGACCUUCGACCUCGAGAACGACCCCCUGCUGGUGGGGGAGGGCGACUGCAAGUACGACUGGCUGGACGUGUGGGACGGCCUACCCCAAGUGGCUCCUCUGAUCGGACGUUACUGCGGCACCAAGAUCCCCCCGGAGAUCCAGUCGUCCUCCGGCCUGCUGUCCCUCUCCUUCCACACGGACAUGGCCGUGGCCAAAGACGGCUUCUCGGCCCGCUACAACAUGACGCACAAAAAGGCCGCCGACUCCUUCCACUGCAGCACGGCCUUCGGCAUGGAGUCGGGCAAGAUCAGCGACGACCAGAUCACGGCCUCCUCGUCCUUCUACGACAACCGCUGGUUGCCGCGGCAGGCCCGCCUCCACAACGACGACAACGCGUGGACGCCCUCGGAGGACAGCAACAAGGAGUACAUACAGGUUGACCUCCAGUUCCUCAAGGUCCUCACAGGCAUCGCCACCCAGGGGGCCGUCUCCAAGGAGACGCAGAAGUCUUACUACGUCGCCAGCUUCAAGCUGGAGGUCAGCACCAACGGAGAGGACUGGAUGGUGUACCGGCACGGCAAGAACCACAAGAUUUUCCACGGUAACACGGACCCCACCGAGGUGGUUCUGAACCGCAUCCCUCAGCCGGUCCUGGCCCGGUUCGUCCGGAUCCGACCGCAGACGUGGAAGAACGGCAUCGCCCUCCGCUUCGAGCUCUACGGGUGCCAGAUCACAGAUGCCCCGUGCUCGGACCUGCAGGGAAUGCUCUCCGGGCUGCUCCCCGACGCGCAGAUCUCCGCCUCGUCCAGCAGGGACAUGGUGUGGAACCCUGGGACGGCCCGCCUCGUGGCCAGCCGCUCCGGCUGGUUCCCAGCCCCCGCGCAGCCUCUGGCUGGAGAGGAGUGGCUACAGGUGGACCUGGGUGUGCCCAAGACGGUGCGCGGCGUCAUCACCCAGGGGGCGAGAGGGGGCGACGCGGCGACCGGCGCUUCCGCCGACAACAAGGCGUUCGUCAGGAAGUACAAAGUGGCGCACAGCGUCAACGCAAAGGACUGGAACUUCAUCAUGGACAUCAAGACCAGCCUACCCAAGAUUUUCGAGGGGAACACUCACUACGACACCCCGGAGCUCCGUCACUUCGACGAGACGGUGGCCCAGUACGUGAGGCUCUACCCGGAGAGGUGGUCCCCGGCAGGGAUUGGGAUGAGAGUGGAGAUCCUCGGCUGCGACCUUCCAGAAACCACCACGCUGGCCGACACCACCACGCCGACGCCGCCCGCCGCCAUCGAAACCACCACCGUCCCCGUUACCACCACAGUUCCCACGUCUCCCCUGUCCAACGGCGUUUGCGACUUCGAGCGCGACCUGUGCGGGUGGACGCACGACCCCUACAGCCCGCUGCACUGGAUCCUGCACAGUCACGAGCCGAACAGCUACCUGUACAUGGACACGAGCUUAAAGGCGGAGCAGCACCGAGCCCGCCUCCUGAGCCCCGUGGUUCCCGCCGACACCGGGCCCCUCUGCCUCCUCUUCUCCUACCAGCUGUGGGGAGAGGGCCAGGGCCACCUCAGGGUCCUGCUGCGGGACGCCCACAACGAAGAGACGGUGCUGUGGACGCUGAAAGACGACCAGGGCCCCGUCUGGAAGGAGGGCCGCACCAUCCUGCCGCGCUCCCCUAGAGACUUCCAGGUGGUGAUGGAGGGCUUCCUCGCGCACAGCAACAGAGGACACAUCUGGAUAGACAACAUCCACAUGAACCCCAACUCCCCCCUGACGGAGUGCACGCAACCCUUCGCGGCGUUCUCUCCAGAAAACCCAGUUAAGAGACCCAAUGGGUUCGGAGAUGGGCAAGGACCCAGCGAUAGAGACCCAUUAGGUGGAGGCCUCCAGUUCCCCGAGUGGAACACGGCCUCCCCGUCGUCCGUGCCUCCGGUGACGAGCAACUCCGAGAAGGACAACUCGUGGCUGUACACCCUGGACCCCAUCCUGGUCACCAUCAUCGUCAUGAGCUCCCUGGGCGUCCUGCUCGGCGCCGUCUGCGCCGGCCUCCUCCUCUACUGCACCUGCUCCUACAGCGGCCUGUCGUCGCGCUCCUCCACCACGCUGGAGAACUACAACUUCGAACUGUACGACGGCCUCAAGCACAAAGUCAAGCUCAACCAACAGCGCUGCUGCACCGAGGCGUGAACCGCCCCCUCGUUGAAAACCUCUCACUAUUUCCUCCAUCCCCUCCAGCUCACUUUAGUGUCAGUUUAACUUCCUCGACGAUGCACAUCCCCAGGAUAUUAGCUAAGCCACUUGCCUCUUCUGAGAACUUCCUGUUUGGGAAAAGAGUGGCCAAGUCCGGCGUCGGUGGUUGUUGUUGUGAAAACUCGCCAACGUGGACGGAUCCGGCGCGGGGAUGUUAGGCCUCAAAAUCUAAAUAUCUACACAUAUCAAUUACAGAGUCGUGGUCCACCAAAAGAGAACUGUUUAUAAAUCAUAGAUUUGUAAGAGUUUUGAAACUGGAUACUGUAAAGUACACAUGCAGAGAGGCAGACGCGUCGCGUUGGAGAGGUGGUAGGUUAGGAACGUGCUUAGAAAGCGUAUUUUUUUGAUCACAUGUGAACACAGUGGCCUAGAACUUAGCUCCUUCGUGUCGACCCUUUCGUUCCGUCGUAGACUCUGCUACCUGUCGGCCUCAGUUAUCCUCUUAGUUCCUGACAGUCCGUGGUCUUUCCAGUCACCGGCUUCCCUCUCUUUCUGUUUAAUGUUUUCGUUCUGGCCGGUUGCCAGAUAAGUUGAGCGAGGGGCGGGGAUUUAAAAAAAAAAAAAAAAAGAAAGUAUAUGUGUGUUUAGAGGUGGGGAGGGCAUUUUAGCACAUUCUUUUUAUGACAGAGAAACGUUAUUGUUAGAUUUAGUUGUCGGAGACUGUUGCUGGUUCCUGUCAAAGAGAAGGUCAUGUUUACAUUGUGGUUAAUGGCGAAAAGGUCAAGGAGCUUUGGUCGGUGCAACCUAUGGAUUGCUGGUAAGGGCGGGGGACCGCUGAAGGAGAAAAGAGACCAUAAAAUUAAAAGUUAAACAGGAUCAAUCCACUGACUGUGUGCCCAGGCACGCGACAAGCCUUAAACUGUUCGCGGAAAAUGUUGAAAAAGGAACGUUGAGGCAACACCGGGACGAGAGAGGAGGAGGAGGAGGGACGCGUCUCUUCCUCUUCCGCACGUGGACCUCAAAAGCCAUGACUUAAAGGACCUACCCCUUAUCCUAAAACACGCCACCCCCACCUCAACCGACUGGCUGACUGCGGCCUGUCUUGUGAAUCGUUUUUUUAAUUUCCUUUGUGUCGAUUCUGAGGCGGUUUUUCGAAACCGCUCCGCAUGGGUCCGGUGCGCUCCGAAUGGACUCGUAAGCCAUUGGACUCCCACGCACAUGAACAUCCACACACGUCACUUGUAUAUACGGGUGUAUAUACAGAACAUGAGUCACAUCUUCUCUCCCUCUGAAAAACACGAGGCUCAAAAAAAAAAAAAAAAGAAAAAAAACGAAGGGUCUUCUGCUGCGAAUCCACGUGGUGGGGCUUCGCCACGCACGUGCACUCAUCGCGCCGCCGCCACGUCCAUUCCCGCUCACGCUCGCUGUCUCUGUCCUCUGAGGCCCACAUCUCUGGACCCCCACUGACUCUCUUCAAAGUGCCUUGGAGCCUCGGGGGGGAUCCAGCUCGCCUUGGGAGCCGGUAUCAGACGCCGACAGUCACAGCGCCCCCUUCUGCUUGGGAGGACCAAACCAUAAACCAAGAUAAAGGAUUCCCCAACCUCCCCUUUUUUUUUCCGCACUGCUAGGACUGCUGUUGUUGUUGUUUUAAAGGGGUCUUUGUACAGAAAUGCUCUUUUUAUGAUUGUUAUUAUAAUUAUUGUUAUGAUUAUUUAAUAAAGGAUUUAUACCAUA